UCAGGCGCUACUUCCUCGUCAAUCAUUCCUCCUGUUGCCGGCGAGCACGGCGAAGUUACGCCGGAGAAGCUUCCAAUCGCCGGAGCUGCUUCGCAGAACCUCCACCAAGUUGUAAAUGUGCUCGUCAGCAACAUCAGCAAUGAUCAGCGUCUCAGACGCAUGCGAAGCUCGUCCGAGAGCAGCGAAGCUGAUGACGAAUUGACCGAUUUGCUGGAAACUGUGGCUCCCGAGAAAGCCUUUGAACAAGAACAAGAACAGAGGCCCGACGUUUCGGAUGUAGAAGAGGCGCUGCUGCGUCUGGAACAGUGGCUCGAACGGUUCCCGACCGGUUUGGACCGGACAAGGUCCCGGAAGACCUCGAAGAACUGACUGCGCUUGUUAACUCGCACAGCGACUUUCUUGAUGAGUGCCGCAGGUACAAGAUCCUCCUGGACUGGCUUCAAGGACAAAAGAUCAGAGAUCCUCAUCUGCAGAAAAGGCUUAAGGCUGCUGCUGCACGCUGGGACACGGUAUGCCAGAACGCGUGGAACUACCAGGAGCGUCUGCGAUGGGCAUUGCUGCGCUGUCCACACUACAGCAGCGCCCUCCAGCAGCUGGCUCUGUGGAUGAUCGCCACCAGGAAAUGGCUCAAGGGUCGGGACAAGGACGCCAACCUGCCACCACGGCUCCUGGUGGCCCGCUACCGCCAGAUCCUGGUGCUGCAAGACCAGUUACACCGGUUCCUGCCGCGGCUAAAGCCCUGAACACGAUACAAGAGUCCACGCCCCCAUGCGAGGGCGACUCCGACGCUGGACAGCCACGCAAGCACAAGAAGACCAAGGAGGCGGGCGAAGUGCUUGCCCUUCUGCAGUCCCUGUUGGCACUGUGUGCACUCCGAGCCAGCGCCCUCCGCAAGGACCUGCUCCAGUCCGACCUAAUACCGCAUGAUCCAAGUCUUGAAGAAGAGAUCAUUCCGUCUACAAUGGAAGCCCAACAGUCAGGCGCGGCUGAGCCGAUGUUCCUGGCCGAGCUAGACGACGACGUAUCGUCGGCGCGUCCCUGGUCGUCGCUCUUCUGGGGCCGCGUGGCUCGCACCGCGCUGCCCAUCCAGCUGCUGCUCCUCAUUCUGCUGGGCGCGGCCAGCCUGCUGCCUAUGUCCGAGCAGGACUUCAGCUGCGUGCUCACCAACAACUUUGCCCGCUCGCUGGACCCGAUGCUGCGGUACCCGCAGGGACCGCCGCCCGUCUAGACCACCCGUCCGCCAUCUUGUUUUCACGGUGGACCAUGUGAUCCGACCGUGCCAUCGAGCGACGCGCACCCGCUAUCUUGUUCGCGCGGCGGACGAUAGACAGUUUAUUCAUAAUGGAUGUGUGCGGUGUGCUUCAGAGGGAAACAAAGAAUUCCUUGAAUUGUGUGUAGAGGUCGCUGCCGCGCUGUGUUAGGUGGUAAAACAAUCAUUGGAUAGUUUACACUGACGUCAUCGUGAACGCCAUCUUUGAGUACGAUUGUGCGUCUGGACCACAGGCUCGUUUUGCGCCUGGAGACAGAUCGACAACAGUGAUAAUCCGCUGAAGAACUGCCACGGUUAAGCGACGCAUGCGCGUAAUGUUGUGUGCUGACGUCACCGUACGCGGCCGCUAUAUGUUAAGUUCUGACGCCGUGAGAUAUUGAGCUGCAUCUGUGACGUCAACUGGCAAUCAUCUCUAAUGAAGGUCGUUUCGACAGAGACCUUGGCUGUUCUGUUUUUCUUGCCCGCAUUGCGCUGGUUCAGUACUACGCAGAUUAUGCAUAUACGUGAAGUCGUGGGUUCGAUUGCUGGCCCCGGAGGCUGUAUUUCGGCGCAGGCGGAAUGCAAGAGCUCUUGUAUGCCCUGUUCUUGGUGCGCCUCAAAGACAUUCAAAAUUUUGAAAUCUUCGCGGUACGCUGUACUUGGCGGAACAGCGCGCUGCUAUCAGCAAUUUUUUUCUUGGCCGGAAAAGAAAUUGAUGUUUGCAACCGCUGUAACGCAAAGUCGACGUGAGAAGCAGUUUUAUCUUCUUUUUUUUUUAAUUAGGCAGGCUGCCAUUGUGCGCCAUUUUUUUUAAUGAAGCCGCCUCAGCCGGCGUCAGCGCCGCCACAUCUUUCUUUACUCGCUUGCACACCGCACACGCCGAGAACAACGCUUAACACAUUACUCGACCUUGUACGGUGCGCUACAUUAGGGAGUUUUAGCGAACCGCAAAUCUGGUGCUGGUACAGGUGCGGAGUUACGCGCAUGCGCGGAGGCCGGUCCGGCGUGCGCGUUCAUGGAUACCAACUCCGAGAGCCCAAACAGCAAGCCGCACCACGGGAACGGAUUUCAGGUUCACUGAAACUCCCCAAGUCGUCAUUCGCCCAUUACAUGUUUGCCUUUCUGAUACGCUGUGAUAAGAGAGCAAAGGGGAGAGAAAUCAUUUAUCGCCCUGGUGUGAUGCGAUAGCGCUGCGGUAGCUGGUGCCUUUUUUUUUUCUUUUAUAAGAGUAGCUAUACAUGUUUCAUAGGCAUUUUUCUUCUAUAGUUUCGUUUUUCCUUAGUGCCCUCGCUAUACCGUAUUUCUUACAGUACGCUGCUAGAGCUGUUGUCGUCGUCCUCGUCACGUUAUUGUCACCCUCGUUGACGCGUGUAUCCUAGAAUGUUUUAGCAACUAUUUUUAAAGCAUCCGUAACGACGGACUUUGAGAUUCUCGCGCGCGCUAGCGCGAUCUCGGAUGCCAUGCUUAAAAACAAAGCGGUAUGAACGCUUAACUAUAUAUCGCAGCUACGAAACUGUUUCUAUACACUCAUCCGCUUUUUCGACUGCUACUAUCGCGCGACAAAACCCUAUCGUGUCCCAGGGUAACGAAUUACGACUUUUUCUCUUCUUUUUUUUUUGUCAAUUUUUACGAGCUCUUUGUACAAUACACCCAACUUCGCCUCACGAAAACCAGGUGUGGACGAUAUUGUACCAGCGAUUAAGGACCGCUGUUACUUGCGCGUGUGUUCAAACAAAUAUAUAGGAUGUUGUACUUAUCAUGUGUAUCAUUUCGGGGAGUGUGUUAAAUCGUGGAACUCUAGAGUUAAUGGUCGUUGAUUUCUAUCGCCUUUGUUGAGAAUCGCCGCCAUAAAUGCGUUUAACGAGAGAUGCAAAACUCUCUUACCAUUCUGUGUGCAUGCCGUGUUGGUAGUUUUGGCUUGUUUCUAUCAAAACUUUCGCUGUGAGCGCUUUGACUACGCGAAAGUCCCAGUCAUGCAAACCUUGUAAUAGCCUUUGAAAAGCGCGUAGUAGAUUUAUGUGUUGUCUUGAAUGUUUUAGUAUAUAACUACAUAGUGUUAUAUGCCUUGGGCGCAGCUUUGGAGCGAGAAGUGUCAAAUGUGUUCUCAUCUCCCCUUCUGGUGCUUGUUGAGCGUAGUUGGGAAAAAGCCUGUACAGAGAGCAAAUAAAAGUGUGUGUGUUUUGCCUUU